AAGGUCAUGGCUGAAGAAUUAAAAGACACGAUUGCUCAGAGUCUGGAGUGUCCUGUUUGUCUGACUACCUUCACUGAUCCCAAGAUCCUGUCUUGCUCACACACCUACUGCAAGGUAUGUCUGGAAAAGCUCUUGGAAUCCCGUGCUGAUGAUCAGAUGAUCCGAUGCCCGGUCUGCAGAGAUGAUACCCAGGUACCAAAUCUAGAUGUCAGCAAACUACCGGCAAGCCUAGCUUUAAGGAAUCUUAUAGAGGACGUGAAAAACCAACAGCAAAUUUGCACGAAUUGUGAUUCCGAGUAUAAGCCUCAAGCUGUUGUCUACUGCCAAGACUGUGGCAAGUAUCUAUGUAAUACUUGCCAUAAUAUGCACUCUCAGUGGAAAGACUUCGUCAAUCAUGAGAUCAUAGCCAUGAGUGAGAUCUCGUCAGGAAAGGUGUCAAUACGUAGAUACCGGAAAUGCAGGACACAUCCGAAAGAAGAUGAAGAAUGUUUCUGUUCUAACUGUAAGAAAUUCACAUGCUUCAGGUGUGUUGUUAUGGAACAUAAAGACCAAGGACACCAUGUCAUCGAGUCAGCUGCUUAUGAAAGUAAUCACACGAAGACCAUCGAAGAGCUUGAAUCCCAGGUGGAGAAGAAACAAUCAUGCUUUCGAAAUUACAUCGAUCUCAUCGAUGAACAGAAGAAGUGUGUGGAUAAUGCUACAAAGCAUUGUACAUAUGACAUCAACAAAGCGUAUGAUGAAGCAGUUCGACAGUUGACAGAGACGAGAGAAAUUUUACUUGGUGAAGUAAAGGGAAAGACUGAAAGAGUAGAGGAAGCCCUGGAAGAAAUGAAGAAAUCAGCUCAGCAGCGCAUCAAUCACUUAACGACCAUCGCUGAGAUGGUAACCAAUAGGAGAAAUGCACCAGUAGACAUGGAUACUUUGGCUGUAUAUGACACCUUAUGUGAAGACCUACAAGAGGCCUUAAAUCAGGAAAAUCCUGAUUAUGAGCAGCCGAAUAAAACAUGCAGGAAGGCGAAAAGUUCCCUUUUUGAAAGGAACAUUGGAAAGGACGAACUAGGUCUGGGAAAAAUUGUUAACGAGCUUGUAAAGAGCAUUGCUUUGCCUACUAAAGAUAGCAUGAAUGUCAUGAUAAACACACCAGAUGGUAGGAUGGCUGUAGGAUGUGGUGAAGUGCGUGGCGUGAAUAUCUUCUCUGCUGAUCGUCAUCUCCAGCAGACAGUCCUCAAGGAUGUUAAGAUCAGUGCAUUGGGUUUCCUCUCUGAUGGUCGGUGUGUUGUAAUUGAUAAGUCAAACACUGUAGCACUGUAUACACCAGAGUUCACAAAGUUGAAUGUGAUGUUUGAGACUCUGAAUUACGAUGAAGGUGGGAUUUCUAAACUCACUGUUGAUAGUGAUGAUCUGAUCUAUGUUAGCUACAGGAAACCCGAGAAGAUCCAAGUGUUCUCAUCAGCAGGUGGGAAGGCAAUCAAGGAGAUACCAUGCCAAGGAUAUGAGCCUCAGCAAAUCACUUCUUACAAUGAUUCACUAAUCAUUAAUACAAGUAAUACUGUACGAUUGAUAGACAAAGAAGGUGAUGUAAAGCAUACAUUAACCAGUCCAAGUAAUACUUACCUAUACGCUGUGUCUCAAAGAAAUACAAUCCUGACAGCCACGGUGAAGUACGAUGAAGGUUUGGUGAGCAUCGAUGAGUACACAGACGAGCUGAAGCACAUUCAUAACCUCAUUGAUGAGUACAAGAUUGAGAAACCUGAGAGACAUUGGUAUUAUCUCCAGCGGUACCGAUCAGGAGAGAUCGCAUUCUGUACUCCUGAUAACCUCUAUAUUAUGAAUUUCACAUAA